AUGGUAUGGAGGCGAAACAUCUUGGAGAAGUGUCCCGUCUGCAGUCAACAGUUGUCACGGUGUCAGACAGUCGUACUGUUUUGCCAUGUCUGUUUGUUCCGCUUGCUUUUGACGGUGGGGAGGCAGCGUUUCCAUGAUGGCGGUUACCGCGACACAGGCUUUUCCAUGAUGGCUAAACUGAAAACUUAAGAAGCAAACUUCUUGAGUCUUUUCCCAGACUUACCCUGUCUUCAUUAUAUAUAUAUCUUUUUUUUUUUUUUUUAAAGUAACACCACCAUGGCAUACACAACUUCUGUUUCGUUAUGGGCAUAUGCUUUAAGUUUAUACUUCGGCGUGUCCAAGUGUUACUUUUCUAUUCCACUCAGAAUAUACACGGGAAGUUACAACGUCUCCUCGGAUGUGGAGUUGACUCAGCGAGUUGUGUUAAAGUCAGAUGGAAACGGCCUCUCCUUGGCCUCUGAUCCGACUGGCACCGUCAACUUUCUGGACAUGGUAAAUAACUUGCAAGGGGACUCUGGAAGAGGCUACUACAUGGAGAUGUCGCUCGGUACUCCUGGUCAAAAGGUGAACAUCCUGGUGGAUACAGGCAGCAGUAACUUUGCAGUGGCUGCGGCUCCACACCCAUUUAUUACUCACUACUUCAACACUGCGCUCUCCAGUAGCUACCAAUCAUCUGGCCGGACUGUGGCUGUCAGGUACACCCAGGGCAACUGGGAAGGGGAACUGGGCACUGACCAUGUCUCCAUCCCUAACGGCCCAAAUGGCUCCUUCAGCAUCAACAUCGCUGCCAUCCUGUCAUCUGACGGCUUCUUCCUUCCUGGGAUCAACUGGCAGGGCAUCCUGGGACUGGCCUAUCCCAUGCUGGCACGACCUGACUCGUCCGUGGAGCCCUUCUUCAACUCUUUGGUGCAACAGCUGGGGAUUCCUGACAUCUUUUCCCUCCAGAUGUGUGGCGCUGGACUGUCAGCCAGCAACACAGCGGACCCCGCAGGAGGCAGUCUUGUCAUGGGAGGGGCUGAACCAACUCUAUAUCGGGGGACAGUGUGGUACACCCCUAUAAUAGAGGAGUGGUACUACCAAGUGGAGGUUUUGAAACUGGAGGUUGGCGACCAGAAUCUGGAGCUGGACUGCAGAGAGUAUAACAUGGAUAAAGCUAUAGUUGACAGUGGGACGACACUGCUGCGUCUUCCUAUCAACGUCUUCAAUGCGGUGGUAGAAGCCAUCACACGCAGCUCACUGAUCCAGGACUUUUCUUCAGGGUUCUGGGACGGCAGUAAGCUUGCAUGUUGGAUGAAAGGAGAGACUCCCUGGAGGUUUUUCCCCAAGCUGUCCAUCUACCUAAGGGCCACAAACACCAGCCAGUCGUUCCGCAUCACCAUCCUGCCUCAGCUUUACAUCCAGCCAAUCACAGAUGUGGACGGCACACUGGACUGCUUUCGUUUCGGGUUGUCUUCGUCGGCUAACGGCCUUGUGAUCGGCGCUACGGUUAUGGAAGGCUUCUACGUCGUGUUCGACCGCGCCCAGAAGAGACUGGGCUUCGCACUCAGCAACUGUGCAGUGAGCGGUGGAGUGGCUCUCUCAGAGGUCGCGGGGCCCUUCUCGGCAGCAGACGUGGCAGCCAACUGCUCCGCUGGGGGGCUGAAGGAGCCUCUCAUGUGGGUGAUCUCCUACGCCCUAAUGGCGGUCUGCGCCCUGGUCCUCAUCAUCCUGCUGCUCCUGCUGGUCCUGCCCUGCCGACACAGAAACCGCUCCGGGGAGAUCACAGACGAGUCCUCUCUGGUCCGGCACCGCAUCAAGUGACUGAGAGGGAAGGGACGGGCGGACGGGGUGAACGGGCAUGGGGAAAUGGAGCAGACCCCGACCACUGGGGUCGAGAAAGGGGUGAGGCUCGGCCUGCAACGAACAACACUUGCCUCUGAAUGUCUGAAUCACUCUGGACUGCACUCAUCAGAUUGGCCCGUGGAGGUAGACACAGACAGAUCGACUUCCUCCUGACGAGAAAAUCCACCCCAUAGACACCUCUUCAAAGCAGCUGAUGCUGUAUUUAUGCUUCCAGUUUCUUGUUUGGUGGCGGCUCUUUCCUUAUCUCUCUGAUAACUGGUUAUAUGUGACACAGGGGAAGACCUCCGACACAGAAGAAGAGAUGCAAUUUCUUCACUGACUGUGGCCUGAAGAGUUCACAACAUUAUGUCAGGACAGUUUUUAGUAAUGAGUAGAAUUGACUUUUUCUCAACUGGAAAGACUCGUAUGAUGUCAGCAUUAUAUCGUCUUGAGAGAGCGCCCAACUCACUUUCAGGUCUCAUUUGGGCUGACAAAUGGUAUUCUGGGAAAUGUAGGACAUCACUAACACAAGCAGAAGGGUGAACCAAAGUAUGAAACACUUAAUCACAAAAUAAACUCCUAAAGCACACUGAACAGCACACCAGCAUGACGUCUAGUAACACGAUUGCUAAGGGUGGUACAGACAAUCACAGGACAGACCCUGGGAGUCGACAUAAACAAUCAUUGGUGCAUUUUUUUUUGAACAAUUUAAAAGUUGCUGAUUAACUGUAUUAUUCAAAUGUGCCUUUACAGUCUGUGACGAGUGAAAGAUUGUUUCUCGUGCCUCCGUAUAGUUUGAAGUUGAAAUGAAUGCCUGUGUAUGUUGAAGUUAAGGGGAAAAGCUGCUCAAACAAUCACUGUCAAUAGGAAGAAUAUUAUUAGAAGUUACACACAUGUUUACAGUGCCUGUAGUGCCUUUAAGUCUCGGCUCACUGCGAUUACAAACUGACACACAGCAGUUUGAGACUUUUUCUGCUGAAUUGCACUUUGUUUCUAAAGUCAAUCAAAAGUGUAAUAUAAAACUGAAGAUCAAUAUCUGUUAUGCAAUGCGUUGUAUUAAUGUAAUUUUACUAAUUCUGUAUUUAAAUCUCUUUAAUUGUGAUUGUAUUAUUAUUCCAAAUCUUUGCUUUUUAGGCACCAGAUGUUCAAGGGUACAUCGUUUAACCUGCACAUUUUAUACAAACACUAAAUUAGAAGCCAAAGGAUUUUUGAAACUGACACAUUGGAAACAUGUUUGCUCCUUCUGGGAACAUGUGGACCACACUGAGCGACCUCUUAUUGAGUGUCAUUUUACAGUCCAGCCUUAUGUGAUACAAUUCAUGAAACAUGAAAUGUGCCUGUUGGAGGAUCAGUGACUCAAGCUGCACAAACGUGUCACCGUUUGCAAACAUUUAAAGCUGUAAGAUUGAAGGUACACUUGAAUCUUUUGAAUGUUCACUUAUUUAUAGGUGUAUUUUUUCUGUGCCAAAAUUGUACUUUUGCUGUAAAUACAACAAUAUGCGACCAAAUUAAAGAUGUAAUGCAAUGCAUUUAAACAAAUAAAGAUUUCUUAUUGUGAAAGUUUAAUCAGGAAUAAAAGCAUCCUUUGGGA